CAGAUUGAUCAAUUGCACAGAAUUUGCGGAUUCGCUUCUUAAAUAUACUAAACGUUGUCCCGGGAGCUGUUUGGGGGCAACUUGGAGACGCGUGGAGCGACCUCAGAAGACAGUUACCAUUCCGCCGUGUUCCAGAGGGUCUGGAGUCACACAUAGCUCGGACUGGGUAUGAAAUAUUGCUUGUAUAAUGGGUCCAGCCUCCACAACAACAGCAACUGCCACUGUGUUACUUGUGUCAUGAAUAUAAUAGUUUAGCACAGAGUUGGAAAAGAACAAUGACUUUUCUUCGGAUCUGCACUCAUUGACGAUGGACCACGAUAAUUACUCCGCAGUUUCCCUUGAAGAUGUGAUAACCAACUCCCCAGAAAAUUCCACUGCAAUGCACAUCAGCUGGAAUGAAAAUGCUCAACUGGGGCUGAGGAUUUCUCUAUCUGUGGUGCUGGGCAUCAUCACGCUGGCGACUAUUCUUUCCAACUCGUUCGUGCUUGUCACCAUUUGCCUCACUAGGAAGUUGCACACACCUGCCAACUAUCUCAUUGGGUCUCUGGCUGUGACAGACCUCCUGGUAGCUAUUAUGGUGAUGCCCAUCAGUAUUGUGUACACUGUCAUCAAGACCUGGACCUUGGGACAGAUAAUGUGUGAUAUCUGGCUGUCUUCUGACAUCACAUUUUGCACUGCAUCAAUCUUGCACUUGUGCGUAAUUGCUUUGGACAGAUACUGGGCCAUCACUGAUGCCUUGGAGUACACCAAACGACGCACGCCUGGCAGGGCGGGCCUGAUGAUAGCUGUGGUGUGGGUCAUCUCCAUCUGCAUCUCUAUACCACCACUGUUUUGGAGGCAAUCGAAAGCCCUUGACGAACUCAAAGAGUGUGCGGUCAACACCGACCAGAUAUUCUACACCAUCUACUCCACUUUUGGAGCCUUUUACAUCCCCAGCGUGCUGCUAAUUAUACUGUACGGCAGAAUUUACUUGGCUGCCAGGUCAAGGAUUCAGAAGCCACCCUCUGCCUUUGGGAAGCGCUUUACCACUGCUCAGCUGAUCAGCGGGUCCACUGGAUCUUCGCUGUGUUCUGUUGGCUUCACCAGCCAGGAGACCCUCCCUCACUCUGGUGAAUCGCCAGUCUACCUGAACCACGUCAAGGUCAAGGUUUCAGACAGCGUGCUGGAGAGGAAAAGAAUCUGUGCGGCCAGGGAGAGGAAGGCCACCAAGACCUUGGGGAUCAUCCUGGGUGCUUUCAUUUUCUGCUGGCUCCCGUUCUUUGUAGUGGCCUUGGUAAUGGGCACCUGCAAAGAGGCGUGCUGGUUCCACCCAGUCCUCUUUGACCUCUUCACGUGGCUUGGUUACUUGAAUUCGCUCAUCAACCCAGUCAUCUACACAGCUUUCAAUGAGGACUUCAAGCGGGCUUUCCAGAAGCUUGUGCGUUUCAGAAGAUGCUGACCGAGAGGUAGUCCUGUGGGAAUGGUGCAUUGUCUGCUGUCAAGAUCACAGACAAAGUGGGAGUGAGCAAUGCACUGCAACCCUUUUUGUGUCACUUAUUUGUCUGGUUUGUGUAUUGUGUGUUUUAGUACUUUGUUUAUCCCUCUGCAAUAAGGGAAACUUGCACAUGGAAUCUUCAAUGCACCUGUCAAUUAGACCUCAAGCUACAAGGUUACGUUAGGCUUUUGUGUGUAAAUGUGAAUAAGAAAACAUUGAUUAGAAUAACAAAAAAGUGACAUUCUAAAAUUGCACUACAUGAACCUUUAGAAUUUUAAAUAUUUAUUUUCACUUUACUGCUAGUCUUUAAAUGCAUAUAUUAAAUUUGCCAUCUGUGGAAAUGUGCAAUACAGGACAUAUCUUUACUAAGCUAAGCUAUAUAACACUGUGCCAGCAUGUCUUGACAACAAUAUUUGUUCUCAAAGAAUAUGGUAUUGAAAGAUACAUACCAUAUUUAAAAGAUGCCCUUCAGACAUAUGUAUAAAAUUAUUUCAGCUAUAUUAUCUCA